AUGGCUGCAGAAUUAAAAGAUCACUUCAUCAAAGAGAUCCAAUCCUUCAAGUCCCCUCCCCCAAGAGAAGUGGCGCCCAUUCCAAAGGUAGGCGAGCCCGCCCCGGAACACGAGAAGCUCAAGCUGCCCCACGAUAAGCCCGCCGUCAUCGUCUUCCUGAGACAUUGUGGCUGUCCAUUCGCAGAGAAGUCCUUUCGUAACUUGGUCGCCUUCUCCAACACGCACGCCGGCAAGAUAUCCUGCAUAGCCAUCUCCCACUCCAGCCAAGAAGCCACCGAGAAAUGGAUCCCCGAGGUCGGCGGCGAGUGGGAGACCGAGGUGAUCGUCGACGAGGACCGCGACCUCUACGCCGCUUGGGGCCUGGGCUUGAGCUCGUAUUGGCACGCCGUGGGGCCUAUGAGUAUAUACAACGCCGUGCAGCUGGGCAAGAAUGAGGGCAUCUGGAACAAAACUGUCGACAGCGGGACACGGUGGCAGACGGGCGGCGCUUUUGCUGUCGAUAGGGGAGGGAAGGUAAGGUGGGCCAGUAUCGCUAAGACGGCUAGUGAUAUUCCGGACCUGGAUGCCGCACUGAGGGCUUUCAUGGAGGUGCCCACCGAGACUCCAUGA